AUGACAUUGGUCAACUUUGUGGCGCUCAUCUCGAGAGACGACAAGCCCCUAUAUAUCCAGUCGUUUGACCUUGGGCCUCCCGAGAAACAAAUCACCAAGGACGAUGCAAACAAGUUUUUGAAGUACAAUUUCCUUUCGCACAUGGCAUUGGACGUGUUUUCGUCGCCAAUGUCGCUAAGUCUUCGUGAGCAGCAACAGCAGCAGCACCUGGGAGACGGCAUUCUCCUUUUAUUUAUUCAGGACGAGGUGAUGGUGUAUGGGAUGGAAACAAACAACGGGCUCCGAAUUGUCGUUGGAGUCAGUGAAGGAGAGCCGUUGAUGACGAGUCUCAAGACACUUUUUACGUCGUUGUACAAGUGCUACUUGAAAACGAUCUGUAAUCCGUUCUCGAACCUCCAGGACUCGGACAACGACGACAUUCUCCAGACGCCACGAUUCGAUAAGGGCGUGAAGAGCAUAGUGGAGGGAUGGAAGAACAGUUAA